GGAGAAGUUACAAGAACCAACCAACUAAACCACACCAAACCAAGUAUGGCAAUGACAAUGGCGCUCAGUUCUCACUCUCCACCGUCUCUCCAAAUCCCAAGCUCUAUAAUUCCUUCAUCAUCGUUAUCAAGGAAACAUCUCCGAGUCUGGGAAAAAUCCCUAUUUGGUUGUGGCGGUGAUGAUCAUCUCACUCUGCAGAAGUUCUAUUGCCCAAAUGCUUCUACUCAUACUUCUCAUCCUCAUUUCAAAUGCUUCUCCCGAGACCCAUCUCGGUCCGAUUCCGAACUUCAAUUUGAGAGGCUCUUUUCUAAUCUCAACCAAGCCACCUUCAAAAGAGAACCUGGAAGUUUAUCGAGUGCAAUAGUCCUUGUAGCUGGUACUACGGUAGGUGCUGGGAUCCUUGCACUUCCUGCUGUGACUCAAGAAUCAGGGUUUCUGGCCUCGGCCAUUACAUGCAUUUUCAGUUGGGUUUAUAUGGUUGUUACAGGACUGCUAAUCGCUGAAGUAAAUGUUAACACUAUGUGCGAAAUGGGUUCUGGAGGCGUAUCCUUGGUAUCAAUGGCCAUGAGAACUUUGGGGAAAGCAGGAGUCCAAAUUGUUUGUUGGUCGUACAUUUUUAUACACUAUGCUCUUCUUGUUGCCUAUGUCGCCCGUUCCUCAGAUAUUUUGACAAAUUAUCUCCAUAUUCCACAAUGGGAAAGUGCAGCCUUAUUUUCUUUGGUCCUGGGAGGCAUAUGCUACCUUGGAAGCCAGCGCUUUAUUGGUGCCGUUAAUGGGGUUCUUGUACUUGGAAUCAUAGUUUCAUUUGGAGCUCUUGUGGCAGUUGCAAGUGGAGAUUUACAAUGGGAUGCUCUUCUAAAAGCCAACUUUCAAGCAGUUCCUAUGAGUAUUCCCAUAAUUGUGCUGUCCUUUGUCUAUCAGAAUGUAGUACCAGUUCUUUGUACAGAUCUUGAAGGAAAUCUGUCAAAAAUAAGGACGGCAAUUAUCCUAGGCACAACUAUACCCCUAGUUCUGUUUUUGGUGUGGAAUGCUGUUAUUCUUGGAACCAUAACAAAUCUUGAUAUUGGUGCUGAUAAGAUGAUAGACCCAUUACAACAAUUGCAAUCUUCCAAUGGAGCUGUUGGACCUAUAGUUGAGGCUUUCUCUCUUCUUGCAAUUGCAACAUCUUAUAUCGGAUUCGUGUUGGGUCUCUCUGACUUUCUGGCUGACCUGCUGAAACUGCCAGCUGAUCAGGGAAGGCCUGUGCCGUAUCUAUUGACCCUGCUUCCACCUCUGACAUUAUCACUGCUAGAUCCAGAUAUCUUCUUCAAAGCGUUAGACUUUGCUGGAACCUACGGAGUCUUGGUGCUGUUUGGAAUAGUUCCAGCUGCCAUGUCCUGGUCAGAUAGAUACUCAGCUUCAUCACCAUCAAUGCUUUUACCGCAGCUGGUUCCAGGAGGAAAAAUAACUCUUUCAAUCAUACUGGGAGGUGCGGGGUAUGUCAUUUUUUCGGAACUGCUCGAAAAGUUUGGACACCCUUGAGCCUUGAGUAUCUAGAUUUCAAACAAUUACAUGGAUUAAAGUUGUUAGUUCAUUUAACAAACUAUUCGUUGACUAUCUCAGCAAGUUGUAGCACCUAAAAUUGUAAUGGCUGACAUGGAAAUUCGUUCCUUUCUAUUGAGAAUAUGAAAGAUGUCAAGGAUUUGAAAAAAUUCCCAUUAGUGAAAAGGCUUUAAUGCAGUUUCAAAAGGUACAUUUAUCAA